UUAUGUUUGCAUGUUUGUAAAAUCAGUUCUGAACAGAACAGUUGGUAAAAAAAUACUGCAUAAGUGAAAACUGCAUAAUCAACAAAGGUUAAACAGAUGAUUUGUAUACCAAUAUCAGACGGUGUGCUUGUUAUCAUCAAUAUAAUGUUUCACCCUAUUUUCAGAAAUCAGUAUAUCAAUGCAUUAUCAGUGAGCGUUGACUAUGGACUUUGUACUUUAGAAUUUUAAGUAGGUUGUAGGCUUAAGAACGACAAAUAAUGUACCUGUUUGUGAGGUUAAAGUGAAUGACAUGGGUAAAUAUAAACUAAAAAGUGUGCGUGUGUCUUUAUUAAUACUCUUUCUGUUCAUAGGGAAGAAAUAAUAAUUAUUGUGAAUAUACAGCAUUUCAAAUAGAGGACAAAGCAUAAUAGGUAUCUGUAGCAAAAUGGCAACUUCUGUUGGUUCUGUUCAUAUCAGUUCAGCUUUAGAGAAGGACUAUGUAUGUGACGCUUGCGAAAGUAGAAAAUAUGAAGAAAGUGCAGAUUAUUUUUGUCAAACAUGUAUGAAGUUUUUUUGUGGAAAAUGCAUUAAUCCUCAUGAUCAAAUGUAUGGAAACCAUUCCAAAUAUGGAAGAGGAGAAACAACUAAAUGGCCUCUGUCAAAGCAAAUGGAAGAUUUGCUACUGAAAUGUGACGUCCACAGAGAAGAGAAACUUAAAAUGUUUUGUCAGGACCACCGUCAGACAGUUCACAAAUGUGUCUCUAAUUUCUGAGUCAGUCAAGAACCUAUCAUUAGAUAUGCAAAGGUUGUCAAACAAUCUCCAAACUAUUGAUGAUGAACUAAAUGAGUUCAGGAGUAAACAAGAGGCCAGCAUUCAGUCCUUGGAGGUAUCAUGCACUCAAAAACUACAAGAAGUACAAGAGCUGCGAAAGAAGAUAAAUGCGUGUUUGAAGGCACUAGAAAAUACAACUUUGAAUGUACUGGGUGACAUCCGGACUACAUUACAAACCUCCCUCAAGAAAGAUGUUGACAACAGCAGCAGACUAAAGGAUGACCUGCAAACACUCAGCAAAGCUGUAAAUGGCCUUUGUCAUAAGAGCAAGAAAGAAAUUGAGUUCAUAGCCAACAGAAAAUGUCUGGACAAAAUACAAGAGAUUCAGUCAUAUCUAAAGGAGAACAUUGUAAAGGUGCAGAGUUCAUUAAAAUUCCAAGCAAACACUGACAUUGAGCAGUACCUGUCGAAACAGUCUAGUCUAGGGUGGAUUGUAGAGAGUAUGCAGUUUCUCAAACUCAAGAUGAAUCCAGAUGAAACAUUGAUUGUGAAGAGAACAAUAGAGUAUAAUAUGGCAAUACCAAGUGACACGAGUCAAAUUUACCUCAUCAAUAGUAUUUGUUGUCUGUCUAGUGGCGAGGUCAUAGUUGCAGAUGUCCAUAAUAAAAAGAGUGAAGCUGUUGGACCAGCGUUACAAUGUGUCCAGUCACUGCGAUGUGUCUGGUACUCCACGUAACAUUUGCAAUAUUACAUCUAGUGUGGUGGCUGUAACUUUUAAUCAAGAUGUGCAGUUUAUCUCUGUGACCAAUGGGAAGCUGGUGAAUGGGGGGAAGUUAUCAUUACAGCAUGCUGCUAUUGGUAUUUCCCACAAUCAGGGAUCGUUGUAUGUCACGUCUGGCACUGCCCUGUACCACUACACCCUGACUGGGACACUGGUAAAAAAGAUGCAUGAGGAUGCAGAGGCCUCUAAUAGAGUGUUCAAAUGUGCAGUGAGUCCUGCUGGGGACCGGAUCUAUGUCACCAACUUCUCCCAGCACAAGCUCCUCACUUUGGGUAUUGAUGGGACCCUGAUAUCCACCUUUGAGCACCCUGAACUACAAAGUCCAUGUGGUGGACACGUUACACCUGCUGGACAAGUGCUAGUGUGCGGGUACGACUCCCAUACUGUCAUACAGGUGGAUCAUGAAGGAAAAAACAAGCUGGCCGCACUGGUAUCCAAGAAAGAGGGACUGAUCCAAUCAGUGUCUGUCUGCUACAACACCAACACUCACCAGAUCAUUGUGGGACUAAAUGAAAACAAUACAAUCAUUGUUAUGGACUUACAAUAGCACUUCACAUUGAAAAAAGAUGUUUACACAUUUAAAAAUGUCAUUUCCAUGUUACCUUUGAAUGGUCUGUUACGUAAUAGCAGUUCAUGUUUAGGUGAGAAUAAAAUGCAUGCAUUUUAUCCUUUGCUAUUAACAUGUAAUUAAACGUAAUGUUGAAAACGAAUAUUUUUUAAUGCUCUUAAGAUUGCACCAUUCAAAAUAAGAUUGUAUGACGACUUUCUAUACUUUUAAUGCUGAUUAUUUCUUUAGUCUGACUGUAUGUCAUGUUUUAUGUAAAGUCAUUAUUAAGAUGUAUUAAUAUUGAUUACUUUUAUAUGUUCAUGUUUUGUUAUCUAUUUGUAAGUAUUGCGGGAUAAUUGUGUUCUUCAUGUAUACUUUUUUAACCUUACUAAUGAUGUUUGGUAUGUGCGACGUUUUUGUAUAUGUGCCUUUGCAAGCCUACUGAAGUCAUUAUACUAUACAACUUAUGGUUUGGAAGAAUAAU